AUGGGCAAUCAAGCACCGACCCUUGUUCAUCAGCCGGUAUCGAAAGAUGUCGACGAGGACACGGGUAGAAAGGUUGAGGAUGCCUGCAGUUGUGGCGACACGUCGUCGGUUAGAGAAUACAUCUUAAACAAGGGGGGGUUUCCAAUGAACAAAAGUAAGAGGGCAAGAGAUGAUGGUAAAACGCCAAAGAGGGCUCAAGGAAAAGAUAGUAGCGAAGAGCCCUCGAAGCACAGAAUGGCAGAGGACAAGAAAUCUGAUGAGAAAGAGACCAAUGGAGUCUAG